AUGCCUAUUUCUUCACCACAGCAAAUACAAUUUAAUAAAAAGAUAUCAUCGUCAAGCUAUUUAAAUGAAUUAGAAUUGUAUUAUAGUAAAAUAGUCAACAAUGUCAUUGACUCAACUUUAAACGAUAUAUUUGAAUCAGCUCCAGAAACGUAUUUAACAAUUCAUGAAUUACAGUUUAUUGGAAAAGAUCAAUGUCAAACCUCACUACAAGGUUUUAUGCAAACCCUUCAAUAUUAUCUCAAUAAUAAUAAGGUGAAGAAUGAUUUAUUACCUUCAAUUCGACCUUUACUACUUGACCAUGAUGAUAAAGAAAGCCUACAAGAAUUCAAUGUGUAUUUAAGUAAACAACUCAGCUCAAUACUUGAUCCAGAAAACUUAUCUCGUCAAAUUAUUCAAAGCUUUUAUCAAUACUCAAAAAAUGAGGAUAAUAAAUGGAUUCUUUUAUCUAAAAUUUGGAAAUUAAUAACAGAUAAGAAAUCGAUAAAAUCAAUCCAUCAUGAAAGAAAUGAAUCAUUAGCGCUGAAAGCUUGGUUAAACUCAUGGUUAAUGAAUAUUCAAUUCAUCUUGAACAAUGAAUUUGAUUCUCAAAUUAACUCUUUAUUAUUAUAA